AUGACGAGACUCUAUAAGAACAUCAGGCGGACCAUCGGGGUCGACAAAUUUCACAUCACCAAUCCAUUAUCAAAUUCGGUUAUUCACAUACGAAACUACCGAUCAAGCACAGUCCAGAGAAGCAAAAACGAAACAAGCUCCAAGCAUCUCCCUCUUCACGGCCUCAAAGUGCUCGACCUCUCCCGCGUCCUAGCAGGACCAUUCUGCACACAAAUCCUCGCCGACUACGGCGCGCAAGUGAUCAAGAUCGAGCAGCCACUCGUCGGCGAUGAGACACGCCAAUGGCGCACGCACAACGAGGCGCAAAAGUGGCGGCCCGACCAUAAGCUGAUGUCUCUUUACUUCGCGGCGGUGAACCGCAACAAGCGGAGUGUGACAGUGAACUUGAAGAGCGGGCGCGGUGUGGAAAUUGUCCACAAACUCGCCAGCCAAAGUGAUGUUCUGGUGAAUAAUUUCUUGCCGGGAAAGAUGGAAAGCUUGGGUCUGGGGUACGAUGAGUUGAAGAAAGGGAAUGAAAAGUUGAUCUAUGCGAGUAUUAGCGGGUAUGGAGCGAGUGGGCCGAGUCGGGACCGGGCAGGUUACGAUGCCAUUGCGCUGGCGGAGGCAGGGCUACUGCAUAUCACCGGCGAGGAGAACGGAGGGCCGACGAAGCCAGGCGUCGCAAUUGCGGACCUCUGUACGGGUCUAUAUACGCAUGGGGCGAUUCUAGCGGCGCUGCAUCAGAGAGACAGGACCGGGUUGGGGUGCAAGAUUGAAGGCAGCCUGUUUGAGAGCAGUUUAAGCCUGCUGAUUAAUGUCGGUCUAGCGAGUUUGAAUCUCGAUCUGAAUAAAGGACCCGGGGCGAGGAGAAGGGGCAAAAGGCUCGGGCUCGGGCACCCGAAUUUGGUGCCAUAUGGAGGGUUUGAGACGAAAGAUAAGAAGAUGGUGUUUGUGGCGGCGAACAAUAAUAGACAAUGGAAAGGGUUUUGUGAACGAAUGGAGAUCGAGGGAUUGGCCAACGACGGACGAUUCAGCACGAAUGAUGGGCGAGUGGAGAAUAGAGAGGAGAUCAAUUCCAUUUUGCAACGCCGGUUUCGCGAAAAGACCAAAGAUGAGUGGAUGGCGGUGUUUGAAGGGAGUGGUCUGCCGUAUGGUGCGAUCAGUGACGUCGUUGAGGCGUUGGAGCAUCCACAAGCUGAGGCGAGGGAUAUGGUGAUGGAGGUGGAAGACUUCGAAGCGGCGAGAGAUGGGAUGUUGAAAUUGAUAGGACCGGCGACGAAAUUUGAGGGAACCGCAAUGGACGUGAGGAUUAAACCACCGUUGUUGGGCGAGCAUACCGAUGAGGUCCUUGGGAGUCUGGGAUACGAACCUGCUGAGGUGACGGAAUUGAGAAAGUCGGGAGUCAUCUAA